AAAUCACUUGCUGUCUUGGUUGAAACUAAAGUUGAUUUGUUAUUUAAUAACAACAAAACAACAGAAGAACAUUACGACUUCGUAGAAAACGAUGAAGGAAUCAAAUUAGCAAAAGAAAUUGGAGCUUUUGGUUUUUUUAAAACGUCAGCAGAAUACAAUUUAAAUAUUCAAAAAAUGUUUGAAUAUGUAUGUGUAAAUUCACUGAAAUACAAGAUCCCAAAAUAA